CUCAUUGGUAUCACUAAAUUUGUCAACCCCGAUAAAAUCCUUGCUGGUUGGGGGAGGUGGCUGGCAUUUUUCACUUCACAAUUCAACUGAUGCAAGCAAAAAUUUCAACUAGUACGAAUACGAGAGUCGACGAACGUGGAAUACGUGCCAGGUAUAGUUUACUCUUACCCGGUAAUCAAAACAUACGACCACGAAUUUUCUGAGGCUGAGCCUUUGCAGAAGAGAUAUCGUAUCGAAGGCCGACAGUCAGAAGCAGAGCAGUCACAGUCCUCACCAUCAUCAUCAAACAACGACUGCACGAUACGAUUACGAUACACGAAAGUCGAAACACGACUAUGAGGCAGGGGCAGCAGUCGCAGUGGCAGUGGCACAAAAUUAUUUCAUCGCCGCUGUCGUCGCCGCCUUAGUCGUCGUGGUCGUAGUCGGUGAAACAUUUUCCGUUGUCGUCUUUGAAUUCAGUUUCAGUUCUCAGUUGUACUGUGUGUCUCGUUCGUAUCAGGUUAAUCCACGGAUUUGUGCAAGAGAAUUAAUUUCUGUAUGGUUUUUGAUAAGAGUUCAUUACAUUACAAAUUUGUUUUCUUUCAUAAAUUUGUUUAUCGUACUUUUUCGAAAAUAUGAAAAUGAAAAUUAAUUUUUGUGUUCUUGUUUUUUAAACAACGAAUCGGUUUUUUGAGCUUCGUGAUUUUAAUAAAAAUAUUUGUUAAUUUUCAAAAUAAAAUAUUAUCGUCGUUCGUCGGUGUGGCGGCGGUACGGUCGGUGGUGCAAUAGUUAACAGUGAUUUGCAUAAAGGAAGUGUGUAGUAGACGAAACGAACCAUUUACCAUUGUGUCCAAUUAUAUUGCGAUUCUGAGAUCUCGACUCUCGAGAUUGUUGAGAUUAUGCUGGCGAUUUAAAUUACACUUGAAAAUAUAGAAUUAUUACACUUAAUUUAGUUGAGCGUUAUUCACGAUAGCGGAAAAAGGUGCAUACCAAACCGAAUACCAAGUGUGAUUAGCAUUUUUCGGGAAAAUUUUACUGAUCUUUUUUUAUUGUGGUGAUUUUGUGAAUUUUCUUUUUUAAAUUUUUCAUCAAAAAAAGAAAAAGAAAUAUAUUUUUUUAUCUGUAUUGUUUUUUAAUACUUGCAUGCAGAUAUAAGUGUGGCUGUGUGGUUGUUUUUGUCAAAUUCUCUCUCGAUCUCUCUUUUGAGCUCUCUUAAGGUGUCUCUUUGGUGAUCGUAGAGUUUUUAAGAUCGUAAGAAAAAUAUCACAUUGUGUUUUGUUUUUGUUUUGCUGUGCUGUGGUGUGUUGCUGUCUUUGUCAGUGAUUCUGAUUUGGAGGAUCUUGGAUCUUGGUGUGGUGCUCUCUUUGGUCUCUCUUCGCUGCUGCUGAUAAACAGAUUCAUAUGGAUAAAUGUAAAUCACAAUUUGGCAAAAGUUUCUGCAUCUGAAUUGAAGUUUCAUUCACGCUGAUUUUCAAGAGGAAAAAAUUCCAGCCAAUAGGUGUCGCGCUGAUCGGCCCCGGCCUAAGGGGCCAUGACGCGUUGGCCCUUUAAUCUACUCCUAUUGCUCUCGGUGGCAAUUGUCCCGGGUGUCAUAACUGUGCGAGGUCAUUAUAACAAAACAGUGCUCAAUGUUGGCUAUUUGACUGCAAUAACAGGUGAACUUAAAGACAAACAAGGUCUAGCAAUAUCAGGUGCACUAACAAUGGCUUUAGAUGAGAUAAAUAAUGAUGAAAAACUAUUGCCAAAUGUUACACUUGCUCUGCGCUGGAAUGACACUCGGGGCGAUACAGUGGCUGCUACUCGAGCUAUAACCGAAAUGAUUUGCGAUGGAAUUGCAACUUUUUUUGGUCCAGAAGGACCAUGUCAUGUGGAAGCGAUAGUAUCUCAAAGUAGGAAUAUUCCAAUGAUUUCUUAUAAAUGUGCGGAAAACAAAGCAUCUUCUAUUCCAACAUUUGCCAGAACGGAACCACCAGACACGCAAGUUACGAAAUCAGUGAUAUCGUUACUACGUUACUAUGGCUGGAAGAAAUUCUCCAUUAUACACGACGAACGAUGGACGGCAGUAGCUGAUAGCCUAAAAGAGCAAGCUCUGCGAAAGAACAUGACCAUCAACCACAAUGAGAAAGUUAUCGACAACCACAAAUGCUGUGAGAACAUUUUGGCAUGCUGUCGCAGUGGCUAUUGGUAUCAGGUCAUACAAAAUACAAUGAAUCGAACGAGAAUUUAUGUGUUCCUGGGUACAGCUUACGCCCUAGUUGACAUGAUGGCCUCCAUGGAAACGGUACAGCUCUUCUCAAAAGGAGAAUACAUGGUCAUCUUUGUGGACAUGAUGACAUACUCGCCAAAGGAAGCAGAAAAAUACCUCCUGAAGCCCGAUGUUGUUGAGAAGAUGACUUCAUGUGAUGAAACCGAUAGCUUCAUGAAGCGCGCUCGUAGCCUCCUCAUUGUGGUGUCGACUCCGCCUACGGAAAAUUACGAGAAUUUCACGGCUAAAGUUCGCGAGUAUAAUACGAAGGAACCGUUUAACUUCUCCUUACCCAAAUUGUUUCACAAUAAUAAUUUCUUUAAGUUUGUAUCAAUUUAUGCCGCCUACCUCUAUGAUUCGGUGAAGCUCUACUCCUGGGCAUUGGAUAAGCUAUUGCAGCAGGAAAAGAGACCUUUAACGGAUGACGUGAUAUAUGAUGUAGCUAGUAAUGGAACUAAAAUAAUAGAAACCAUCAUAGGAAACCGUACUUAUAAAAGUGUUACUGGUGCAACAAUAAAAAUCGACAAGAAUGGAGAUUCCGAGGGUAAUUUCUCCGUAUUGGCCUACAAGCCAUUCAAACAUAGCUUUCGUGAUAAUCUCACAUGUAAUUAUCAUAUGGUGCCUGUUGCAUACUUUCAACAAGGAGAAGAUUUUCCAGAAUAUAAACUUAUCAAUGGAUCUGUUCGAGUUGAUUGGGCAACAGGAGGCGACAGACCCUCUGAUGAGCCAGCGUGUGGCUUUUUAAAUGAGUUGUGUAAAGAAGAUGACCGUCACAUAACAUCGGUGGUGGUGGCAGGUGUCCUUGCAUUGAUACUUUUCUGCGUUGGUGUCAUAACAAUGAGUAUAUACCGCAAGUGGAAAAUCGAACUCGAAAUCGAAGGUCUGCUGUGGAAAAUUGAUUCAUCCGAGAUAAAAGGAUAUUUUGGAAAUGAUAUUGUUUCAUCGCCAAGCAAGUUAAGUUUAGUAAGUGCGGCAUCGUUUGGAUCACGUUGCUCAAAUCAAGUAUUUACCGCAACAGCACGAUUUCGUGGAGUUGUUGUUCGCAUCAAGGAGCUUAAAUUCCCCAAGAAAAAGGACAUAUCGAGGGAAAUAAUGAAGGAAAUGCGAUUGUUGCGAGAACUACGCCAUGAUAAUAUAAAUAGCUUUAUUGGAGCUUGUGUAGAGCCAAUGAGAAUUUUACUAGUCACUGAUUAUUGUGCCAAGGGCAGUUUGUAUGAUAUAAUCGAAAAUGAAGACAUUAAGUUAGAUGAUUUAUUUAUUGCAUCAUUAAUACAUGAUUUAAUUAAGGGAAUGAUUUAUAUUCAUUCUUCCUCGCUGGUAUAUCACGGAAAUCUCAAAUCAUCAAAUUGUGUUGUCACAUCAAGAUGGAUGCUCCAGGUAACCGAUUUUGGUUUACACGAUUUGCGGCAUUGUGCUGAAAGUGAAUCUAUUGGUGAACAUCAACAUUAUAGAAAUCAAUUUUGGAAAUCACCUGAGCUAUUGCGAAAUUCAAAUGUUUAUGGAACACCAAAGGGAGAUGUUUAUGCAUUUGCUAUUAUAAUGUAUGAAAUUGUUAGUCGUAAGGGCCCAUUUGGACAGACGACGUAUGAACCAAAGGAAAUUGUCGAUUUAGUCAAAAAAAAACCGGUCAAUGGAACCGAACCAUUCCGCCCGGAAAUAGAAUGUAUUAUAGAAGCCGAAUUAUGUCCGGAUUAUGUUUUAAGUUGUAUUAAGGAUUGUUGGAAUGAAGAUCCAGAGGCAAGGCCUGAUUUUCCAACGAUAAGAACGCGUCUGAAAAAAAUGCGUGGUGGCAGGCAUAAAAAUAUCAUGGAUCAAAUGAUGGAAAUGAUGGAGAAAUAUGCCAAUAAUUUAGAAGAAAUUGUCACAGAACGAACACGUCUUUUGUGUGAAGAAAAAAAGAAAACUGAAGAUCUCCUGCAUCGAAUGCUGCCACAAUCAGUGGCAGAAAAACUUACAAUGGGCCUUGGAGUUGAACCGGUAUCAUAUGAUUUGGUAACCAUCUACUUUAGCGAUAUUGUUGGUUUUACGUCAAUGUCUGCUGAGAGCACUCCACUGCAAGUUGUAAAUUUCCUCAAUGACCUGUACACGGUCUUCGAUCGUAUAAUUAAAGGUUAUGAUGUGUACAAAGUGGAGACUAUAGGUGACGCUUAUAUGGUGGUUUCUGGAUUACCAAUAAAAAACGGUGAUCGUCAUGUUGGAGAGAUCGCUUCAAUGUCCCUGGAGCUAUUGCAUGCUGUCAAACAACACCGGAUUGCCCAUCGGCCCAACGAAACGCUGAAACUAAGAAUUGGUAUGCAUACAGGCCCAGUUGUAGCCGGUGUUGUGGGCCUGACAAUGCCCAGGUAUUGUCUGUUCGGUGAUACUGUUAAUACUGCAUCACGCAUGGAGUCUAAUGGAGAGGCUCUGAAAAUACACAUAUCAGCUAAAUGCAAAGAAGCUCUGGAUACACUCGGUGGGUAUAUAACCGAAAAACGUGGCCUUGUCUCGAUGAAGGGCAAAGGUGAUGUUAUAACGUAUUGGCUUGUUGGAGCGAAUGAGAAUGCCAUUCAAAAGAAACACGUGGAUAUGACCGAUCUUCCGCCACCACUAUUCCGCCGUCCACGACGAAGUCCGAAGCUUAACAGUGACUCACGUCAGGCUAGUAUAUUGGGAAUGCAUUAUUAUGGGGCCGGCAGUAGACGGCAGUCAAGUGUUCCGCGUGCUGAUGGGGAAAGCAUGUACAGUUUGCAAGGCUCCACAUACCAUAUGCGGGACUCGCCACGCUUGCCCAUAAGACGACUCGAACGAUCUUCAACCGUUAAUUACAAUGGCAGUGGAUACGGUGGCGUAUGUGGCAGCAACUGCAACAGCCGGGGUGGCAGCAACUCAGGAUUCCGCGUGGAGACAACGUCACACAGUACACUAGACCAUUCCGAAAUUGAAACAAUCUGUGAUAGUAUCGGCAAAAGCAGUAACAAACCUCUCGCCAUUGUAACACCGCAACGCAUAAUUAACACAAAGACGUCGUCGGCGUCAACUCAGGACAUAUAUCCAAUGGAUAACAUUGAUAGCUUGAUGCGAGAGUCUCGAUCGCUCGAUCGGAUGCCACCGUGCAACUUGACUAAAAAUAACUCCCGUUCCCUCGACACUGGUGUGUCUCUGAUCAGCGGCAAUCCGAAUGGUGGUGCAGCAGAUGAUGAGCUCAAGCUCCUCGACAUCGAUAAUGGACAUCUGAUUAUCGGUGGUUCCAGAAUAUUGCCAUACAAACACCUCAACAACAACUGCAAUGGCUCCAUCAGCAUCGUGGAUGACGCCCAUUGUCCACUGCUGCAGCGGCAGGCAUCUCUCACCUGUGCUCCAGACGAGAUUGUGCUGCGUUCCAAACGGUGGCGUUCUCUCGAAGCUAUCGAAAACACCAGCACCAGCAUCGAUAACGCCGCUCUUGGUCAAAACAAUAAGAAAUCCGUCAAUCGGGGUUCCAUCGCCUCGUGGUUUAUGAACUUCCUCCAAGGCAAUGGAAUUCGUUCGAGUGAUGCGUCCCUGCGAAGAGUCGGCAUUGUGCAGACAGCAGUUAGAGGUGUUCCCGGUUUUGGUGAGAUUCCUUCACCUCCUGAUCGAGAAAGUAUUGUAUAAUUUUAAAAGUUUUGUUUUCUAUUUUUGUUUUAUUUUUAAAUUCUAAUUUUGUAAGAAUAAAAAUGUGUAAAACGAUUCUUGACGGUGAAGUAUGGGAGAGUGUGCCUAAGGAAUAUGUUGUAAGGUUUUAGAAAGCGAGGAAAUUCCUUUAGUCUAGUCACAUAAUUUUCAGACUAGUUUGUUUUCAGAAUAAGAAUUGAAUUGAUGUAUUUUAUUAUUUUGUUCUUAAAAUACAACGAAUCAAAUAAAAAAACAAAAUCUUUUAUAAAAUAAUUACAUUUAACAAAACAAAAAAUUGUUAUCAAAGAAUAAUUAUUAUCAAAUCGAAAUUAUAAGACUUCACCACCAAAAUAAAAUCACGAAUCAUAUCGAUUAAUCCAAGAUCAUAAAGUGUUUAGAAAAUAAUAGGUUUAUUAUAUUAUUAUCGUAUAAUGUUGUACAUUGAAAUUCAAAGCUGUUUUAGUUUUUAAAAGUUUGUUUUCUUCCAUUAAAUAAUUUCAAUUCCGAAAGAGAAAAAUAAAACUAGAUACUGUAAUUAGAAAUAUUUAUAACGAGAAUGAAUAUUCAU